AUGAAUGCAGAUCCACCUACAACUGCAGCUGCGUCAACCACUACAGCCAUAGCAACGGCUUCGGCUUACGAAGAAAAGUUUAACCCUUUCCUACUGACAUCAACGGUCACCGGUACUUUUCCAGAUCAGCAACGGCAAAUCAAAAAAGCCAGCAUAACAACUGCCAACCGGCAGUUUCAUCCAGGAGCAACUACACUCAAUCAAGCAACUUGUGACACAUGGCCUCUCGGAGUUUUCACUUCACCUGUAACAUCAACUAUCAAAACGCAUAUUAACCCAAAUACUGAACUUUGCCAGUCAACCUGGCUUCAGUUUCAUAAAUCUACCGAGAAUUGGUUUAGUGCGGCAGCUACUGCUGUCGGUAGCAGAAAACAAAAUUUUCGCCAGCAGUUCACCGAUGAGCGUUUUCAUCAACAGACCAGUAGAAAUUAUAUCCCACUUGAUUCUCUGAUUAACACCACCCCUAAAUCUUAUUUUAUGGAUUCGAACAUUAGUCAACACUAUAUUUCGGGUACAUACCAAACCGCGUCUUUGAUGCACGUUUCGUCCCAAAUUAAUUAUCCUCUCACAUUUGGGUCGUACGUGAGUCAGAGUUCGCUCUCGUCGUCUCCUGCAGAACCACCGAAAUCACCCAGAAAUCACUCCAAUCGCCGCCGUCUAAUCGGACAGACAUGCUGUGAAUGCCCAAAUUGCCAAGAGAUUGAGAAACUGGGUCCGGUUGGCGAACACCUGAAAAAGCAGCAGUUGCACAACUGCCAUGUGCCUGGGUGUGGCAAAGUCUACAGCAAGAUAUCGCACUUAAAAGCGCAUCUGCGAUGGCACACGGGCGAGCGACCGUUUGUGUGCAAUUGGCUUUUUUGCGGGAAGCGCUUCACUCGCUCCGAUGAACUGCAGCGUCACUUCCGGACACACACGGGCGAAAAAAGGUUUGCAUGUCCUAUGUGCAAUAAACGCUUCAUGCGCAGUGACCACCUGAGUAAACAUGCCAAAAUUCACAGUGCCGAUAUGAGCGAGCGCGAAAAAGCCGGAGACAUGAGCGGCACUGAAUCGAGCGACUCAGACGGAGGAUCAAAUAGGGUGAUUCGCAUACAAAAAGUGACCGAAGAAAGCAAUCAAUUGCCUGCAUCUCUCCGGUCAGUAUCGUAUUCAGUUUUUAUUCUUCUCUUUAUCGUUCUAUUUUCCCAAUUGGCAUUAUCUGUUUUUAUCUUCUUUUUUAAUAGCUUCUGCGUUAUUUUUUUCUUGCUUGCUUGCUUCGUUCGUUCGUUCCUUUAUCUAUUUAUUUAUUUAUUUGCACAUUAUGGUUUUUCUUUCUUUCUUUUUAAAGUACAGUCUUUCUUGGUUUGUUGUUUCUUUCUUUCAUUUCUUCCAUCAUUUCUUUCUUUCUUUGUCAUUUUAUAUUUUCUUUUCUUCAUUGCCUUCGUUCCUGCUUCAUUUUUCUUCCCUUUAGUCAAUUCUUCUUUUCUUCUAUGCUUUUCAUUUUUCAAUUUUUUUUAUUCUUUUAUAACCAUCAAUCUUUAUUUUUAUAGUAUUUUAAGUCUCCCAAUUUCUUUUACAGUGCUUCCUUAUUUCUCUUUUUAUUCUUCUUGCUUUCAUUUCUUUUCUUCCCUUUGUGGACGCCCCACCGGGGGAAGGUCUACCUUCUUCGGUGGCGCGGAAUCAUUAGUUCUGCGCAAGCAAAGAUUUAAACACAGAUUAUUUACAAGGUUACCUCUCUCCUUCUCUCUCUCACCUUCUUUCUUUCUCUCUCUCUCUCUCUCUCUCUCUCUCUCUCUCUCUCUCUCGUCGACCAUUUUUCUCUCUUUUUUCGAUCUUUCAGUUUUCCCUUUAUCUCUUCCGAGCAACAAAUACACAAAACCCCAUAGUUUGAGAUACACGAUUAUACUGUAUGCAUAG